CGCCUGGCGCGGGAUAAGUAGACGAACAGAUCACUGGUGUGAUGUUUGUGAGAAGGCUGUACGAGGCCAAGUGUCGUGAUGCAGAUAAGCUCUGCAGAGGUUUAUGCAUUAGGCUUAUCUUCCAUGUCCCUCUUUCUCUAUCUGUCCUCUUGUCAUUGCUUGUGUGCUCUGUGUUCCUGUGUACACAUCCGACGAACCGCAUGGCGCGUGGUCUCUUUUUUUGUGGUAGGUUUUCACAUGCCGCCUUGGUACACACGUACACGCGGGGACACAACCUUAUUGCGAGGUAAUGCUCUCCUCAAGUGUACUAUGGCCGAAAAGACUCACAUCCGUCUGUCGUACCCUCUCUCAUAGAGAUAUAGACUCAUAUUGCCCUCAUUUCCAUGCUUGACUUCAACGGUAUUAUUCCGCGCAAAGGGUGUCCGAAAAGGUGUCCAAAAGCAGCGUCGUCACCAAGAACCCGACCCAGUGGGAUGGCGGGGCAUUUCAGUUGUCUCCAGGCUCCAGCU